UCCACUUUAUUAAUGAGGCUGGAGCCUGGGGGAAGGGGGCUGCUCCCUCCCCGCUGGGAGGAGGGGGGGUCACAGGGGGCCAGGCUAACUCCCAGGGAGCCUCCCUCCUCCUGGGGGGAGCUGACGCCAGGAGUGGCCCUUGCCCAUUGCCAGGAGCACAGGAAGGGGGUCUCUGCCAUUCCAGGCCCCCAGCGGGCGUGCGCGGGGUGGAGCGGCCCCUGGAGGCCAGCAAGGGCGGCGGGAGGAGCCGCCCCAGGAAGAGGGAGGAAGGGAGCGGCCUGCAGGAGCGCUAGGGCACAGCGGGCGCGGGCGCAGCGGGGCUGAGCAGUGGGCGAUGGGGACCCGGCACCCCAGGCAGCGCUGGGUAAGAAGGUUGGGGCACAUGAGGGUCUCUGGUGGGGGAGGAGGGGGGCACGGAAGGAUGGGGCCAUGGCUACGUUCUGUUUCUGUCCUUGUCAGUCCUCCUGUUUGUCCAUCCUCUUUUCCCAUCUGGUCCAGUGGGCAGUUCUGCCCUUUUAGCCCUCGCCACCAGGGUAUCCAGGAGUGGGUGGCCCUGGGUCAGCCUUCAGCCUCUGGGGCAGGGACAUGGGCUGGGCGGGAGUGGAAACAUGGGCAUCCAGGGUGAGGCAGAGGUGGUCAGUGGUAGGGCCUGAGCGAGAGGCCAUGGGGAGAGAUAUGUCCACGGUGGCAGAGAUGGGGUUGUGGGCGUCAAGAGUGGGACUGAAGUAAAGGUGACACGGUGAAGGUAGGAGAUGGGACAGCAGGGUAAGGUGGAGCCUUGGAGUCAGAAUGGAUCAGUGCGUAUCAGAUGGAGAGAGGAGCCUGGGAUUUGCUGUGGUGUAAAAAUGGGAGGUGGGGGUCAGAGGUGGGGGCAGAGACACUGAGGGCUGGGACCAGGGAGCUCCCGAAGGGACCCGUGGUGGACAGACGAGGGGACAGUGGUGGCAGAGCAAAGCCCGGGAGCAGGAGGGGGGGGGGUGAAAAGCAGAGAAGGACGAGGAGGGGUCAGAAAUGGAGUAGCCGGGUCAUUUGGAAUUGCCAUGGGCAGGGGCCACAUAAGGACGUCAUGGGGUCAAACUGGCUCCGAUGAUCCGAGAUGGGCCCACCGGCUGGUCGCGCGCCUCACUCUGCCCUCCUCUCCUGUGCCCAGCACCCCCAGCACCGGACAUGAGCCAUGCCCUUCAACCUGAGCCUGGCCAGCGAGGCGACCACGUGUGCGGCGCCCGGGGUCACCAACGCGUCGGCCGUGCCGCCGUCGGGCGGUUCGGGCGCAUCGCCCGCGCUGCCCAUUUUCUCCAUGACGCUGGGCGCCGUGUCCAACGUGCUGGCGCUGGCGCUGCUGGCGCAGGCCGCGGGCCGCCUGCGGCGCCGCCGCUCGGCCACCACUUUCCUGCUGUUCGUCGCCAGCCUGCUGGCCACCGACCUGGCGGGCCACGUGAUCCCGGGCGCGCUGGUGCUGCGCCUGUACACGGCGGGGCGCGCACCGGCCGACAGCCGCCGUCGUGGGGGGCCGCGCGGAACCCGCUCAGCCUCUGCCUCCUCCGCCUCGUCCAUCGUUUCCACCUCCGCCACCCUCGGCAUCUCCCGGGGCCGCGGCUCAUCGCGUAGAGCCCGCGCCCACGACGUGGAGAUGGUGGGCCAGCUCGUGGGCAUCAUGAUGGUGUCGUGCAUCUGCUGGAGUCCGCUGCUGGUGUUGGUGGUGCUGGCCGUCGGGGGCUGGAGCUCCAGCUCCCUGCAGCGGCCGCUGUUUCUAGCCGUGCGCCUUGCCUCCUGGAACCAGAUUCUGGACCCCUGGGUGUACAUCCUGCUGCGUCAGGCUGUGCUGCGCCAGCUGUUUCGCCUCCUGCCCCCGAGGGCCGGCGCCAAGGGCGGCCCCGGAGGGCUGGGCCUCACCCCAAGCGCCUGGGAGGCCAGCUCGCUGCGCAGCUCCCGGCACAGUGGCCUCAGCCACUUCUAAGCGUGCCCGGAGACCCAGCGGCUAAGCCAGUCCACCCUGGCCUGGCACAGGUGCGCGGCGCGGAGUCUUUAGGGAAUACAGCCAUUUUGAGAGUCCCGGGCUGUGUGUCCCGUCGGGGCUGCACGACCCACGGUCGCCACGUGGGGGCGGCAGAGGUGCAUCCGGGGCGAGUGCAGUUCUGUGACUUGCCACGCGACGGCGCAGUCACACCGGACGCUCGGAUGCCCGGCGCGGGGAGUCAGAGCAGCACGAGCAUGCGCACAACGCCACGGCCACAGCCUGGGGGCUGGGGCCCAGCUAGGAGCAGAGCGGGAGGGCCUGGAGGGGGCGGGGGGCACUUCCUGCCCCUGCGCCUCUAGGACAGAUUCCCGCAACCAUUCUGCUCAUUAUGGCCCUGAGCUCCCCAACACAGCCCCAAGAGCCAAUCCCCAAAUCACUCCCCAUCACAGCCUCGAAACCCCAAUGCCCCCAACACAACUCCAAGCCCCCCAUCACAGCUUAGCCACGAUCCCCACCAAAGUAACAGCCCCGAUUUCCCGUAACCCUCUUCAAAUGACCCCCAUCAUAGCC